AUUUUUAUAAAUUGGUACAAUAUAUCCAAAAUUUGAAGCUGCAAAAUUAGAGGCAGAGAGAGAUAUCUCAUCUCCAUUACAGGCAGAGCAAGAGUCUCUUCUAUUACUCCUAUCACUAAUUACGUCCUUCUAGGGUUUUUUUCAAGGUCUAAAAAUUCCCAGAUGGAUGCAUGAUAGAGUAGUCUGUUUUUGGAUGAUAUGGAUGAAGGAUUGGGUGAUGAAGUGGCUUCAAUGGACGUGGUGGAGCAGGCCCACCUCCGAGGUAAAGAGAGUGAGCAUUCCGUGAAACCACCUGAAAGCUCCAACUUGUUGGAAUCUCGUGAAAUGGAUAUAGCUGGUGUGGAUGAUUAUCGUGAGAGCUCCUUUCAUGUACUUGCUGAUAUGUUGGAGGGUAAGAAUGAAAAUAGGAGUGCAAGCCCUAUGGAUGCAUCUGAGCAGCCAUGCUCUAGCCCUCACUCUGUAGAUGAUGCUGGGAACAUGAAUGAAGACUUAAUGGUGAGAAAUUUUGAUGGUUCAAAUUUAGCCAUUGUUGGUACACCGAAUAAUAGGGAAAGGAUGCAAACUAGGCAGAAUCAAUGGCCGCAUCUUUAUCAAAUUGGAGGGGGAUCCAUGACUGGGAUUUCUCGUAGUAAUACCUUGUAUAAGGACAGUGGUCAAGCAAUGCUAGAUGUGCGGCACUCAUCUUCAUCCGACAUUUUGGCUCAAAAAACCUCAAGCAAUGAAAGAAAUGAAGUCUCAGAACAAUUGACACAUCCUGACUUUAAAGGGUUGUCAGGCAAUAUGAGCUCGCUUGCUAGUAUCCGGACAAAGAUUCUAUCGAAAUCAGGAUUCUCAGAAUUUUUUGUCAAAAACACCUUGAAAGGUAAGGGGAUUGUUUAUAGAGGGCCUCCACAUGAUAGCUUCAAACUUCAACCAAGAUACCAAAACAAUGAAAGGGCUGUUGGUGGACCUUUGGCAGCUUCUGAUACCCCUUUGAACUUGAGUGCUAAAACUGAAAUGAUGCCCCCUUUGCAUGGGAUUGCUGGGCCGAGGCCUGCUGGUUCUGAUCAUGAUGGAGUGAGUUUGAGGGAAUGGCUGAAUGCUGGACGGCACAAAGUGAAUAAAGUUGAGAGCUUGCAUAUAUUUAGACGGAUUGUUGAUCUAGUGGAUUAUUCUCAUUCGCAAGGAGUUGCAUUGCCUGACUUGCGGCCAUCUAGCUUUAAGUUGUUGCAGUCUAAUCAGGUUAAAUACCUUGGUUCAGCUGCUCAGAGAGAUUUGGUUGAAAGUGCCAAGGGUCAAAAUGCACCUUACUCCGACAAUCAUGUGGUCAGGAGAAGGCCGUUGGAACAAGGAAUGUUUUCUUCUGUUGCUGCAUCUGUGAAGAAGCAGAAGUCCAGUGAGAGCAUGAACUAUACCAGUCGCUGGCCUCAGUUAUCUGCAAAAUAUGGCUUGAAACUUGAAUCUACAUGUGAUUGGGACAUCAAUGCUACUGUUUCACAAAAUUCUCUAAAUGAAGCUACUGAACAUAACUGUAAUGCAGAAUAUGGAAUUCAGGCCAAGUCCAGCAGCCAUCAGCCAUCUAAAUUAGGUCAAUGCCAGUUGACAUCUGUUAGUGACCAGUUGGAAGAAAAAUGGUAUACAAGUCCCGAGGAGCUCAGUGAGGGGAUCUGCAGAACUGCAUCAAAUAUUUAUGGUCUUGGUAUUCUUCUAUUCGAGUUGCUUGGUCGUUUUGACUCUGACAGAGCACAAGUGACAAUAAUGUCAGACCUUCGUCACAGGAUUCUUCCUCCUCAAUUUCUAUCUGAAAAUCCAAGGGAAGCUGGAUUCUGCCUUUGGCUACUUCAUCCUGAACCUUCAUCACGCCCAUCAACAAGGGAAAUCCUACAAUCUGAAUUGAUUAAUGGAUUGCAAGAGGUGUCUGCAGAAGAAUUGUCAUCCUCUAUUGACCAAGAUGAUGCCGAAUCAGAACUUUUGUUGCAUUUCCUUGUUUCAUCGAAGGAGCAGAAGCAGAAGCAUGCCUCUAAGUUAGUGGAAGAUGUUAGAUGCUUGGAUACUGAUAUUGAAGAGGUUGGUAGGAGAAACUGCUCAAAGAAACACUUGCACCAUUCUUGCUUAGAGAAUGACUUUAUAAAUGAAAGGCAACCUACCUCCGAGCAUAAAGAACCUUCCAGGUUGGAGGCACUUUCUCAAGUAUCUCCUGAUUUUCAGACAAACAAUAUGAGGUUGAUGAGCAAUAUCAGCCAGCUUGAAAGUGCUUAUCUCUCCAUGAGAUCCAAAGUCCAGCUUGCUGAGACUGAUGCUGCCACUCGUCAAGAUAGGGACUUACUGAGAAAUCGUAAGAACUGGGAUUUAGCACAAGAGGAUGAAGAAACACAGAAUACCACUGAUUGCCUUGGAUCCUUUUUUGAUGGCUUGUGCAAGUAUGCUCGUUAUAGUAAGUUUGAAGUACGUGGGCAACUAAGAACCGGGGACUUCAAUAAUUCUGCAAAUGUUAUUUGUUCUUUGAGUUUUGACCGUGAUGCAGACUAUUUUGCUGCUGCUGGAGUAUCAAAGAAAAUAAAGAUAUUUGAGUUUAAUUCACUCUUUAAUGACUCUGUUGAUAUUCAUUAUCCAGUCAUUGAAAUGUCAAAUGAGUCAAAGCUCAGCUGCAUUUGCUGGAACAGCUACAUCAAGAGCUAUCUGGCUUCAACUGGCUAUGAUGGUGUUGUUAAGCUAUGGGAUGUGAAUACUGGUCAAGUGGUUUUUCAAUAUAAUGAGCAUGAAAAGAGAGCUUGGUCUGUGGACUUUUCUCAAGUAUAUCCAACAAAAUUAGCCAGUGGAAGUGAUGAUUGUUCUGUGAAGCUGUGGAGCAUUAAUGAGAAAAAUAGUACGAGCACAAUCAGGAACAUUGCAAAUGUCUGCUGCGUGCAGUUCUCUUCUCACUCUUCUCAUUUGCUGGCCUUUGGGUCUGCAGAUUACAGAACCUAUUGCUAUGAUCUUCGGAAUGUUAGAGCCCCCUGGUGUGUACUGGCUGGCCAUGACAAAGCUGUGAGCUAUGUUAAAUUCUUGGACUCUGAAACUCUUGUUACUGCAUCAACUGACAAUACAUUAAAGAUUUGGGAUCUCAAUAAAACCAGCUCCAGUGGUUUAUCCCCUAGUGCUUGCAGCUUAACCCUUGGUGGACACACUAACGAGAAGAACUUUGUGGGCCUAUCUGUUGCCAAUGGUUACAUAGCAUGUGGAUCAGAAACAAAUGAGGUUUAUGCUUACCAUAGAUCUCUACCUAUGCCAAUCACUUCUCACAAGUUUGGUUCAAUUGAUCCUAUUUCGGGUAAGGAAACAGAUUGUGACGAUGGGCAGUUUGUUUCAAGUGUCUGCUGGAGAGGGAAAUCAGACAUGGUUGUUGCUGCUAAUUCAAGUGGGUGUAUAAAAGCAUUGCAAAUGCUAUGAAGAAAAACAGUCAAUCUGAAACCACAUUCGUUUGGCUUCCUUAUUGCAUGGGGACCCGGAGCCUUUUCUUUUUUCUGACAGCAUGUUCAUAAACUGAAACUGCAAUUUUGCUUGGCAAUAUCUUCGACGAAUGUCAUCUGCUCAGCUUGCUCAGUGAUACAAGGGUUUCAGUCGGCUGCACUACUGACUUCACUUAGGGAAGCAAAUUCGGUUCCAGAUCUCCAGAUAAGAAAGAUCAGAUUCCAGAUCUGAGAUGUUUGCCGGUGAAAGCACCAGAAUAUCAUAUUGUUUAAGAGGGUACACUGCUUGUAAAUAUAAAACAAAAAUGAUUGAGAUCAAUGUGGUGUCAAGAUGUGCUGGAUUGAAAUAAAACUCUCCAAGGAAGCUUCGGGCAUCGUGAUGCAACAAGUUACGUUGGUCAUAAUAAGGGCUUCUGACCACUUCCGGCAUUUGUGAAUUGGCGGGCAGCCCUUCAAAGUUUUGGCUAGGACCUGCAUAUAUGCACACUUGAGUUUUCAAGUUCUAUUUAAUAGUAGGGCCUAUUUGAUGCCAAGUGGACAUCUACACCAAUUCCAUCUAAUUCCUUGCUGAGUUGUAUCUACGGAUUGAAUCUUGCAAAUAUAAAAGCUAGCUCAUGUAAAUUUUAUAGAAAAAGGAACGGUGUAUAUGAUAAUAUCGUUUUGAAAAGAUUAUUUUAGUUGCCACA